AUGGAUUACUACUACGAUGAUUACUACGACGAGUAUUACGAACAUCCGGACCAAAUGGCUGCACGGUUAAUGCAGCGGGAAUUCAGCUUCGAAGAAACGAUUACGAAUUGUGUGCAUCCGUCGCUUCGCUUUGCAGCACAGUACAUGACAAAUUUCGUCGCCAUCAACUUGCUGUUCAGUAUAUUGGUUGUGUGCGUGAGGAAACUGUUUCCCAACUCCCACCGUUCGCUACACAUGCUGAGCAGCAUAUUCGGUGCCAUUCUGUUGUACCGGGUAAUUGAUCACCGGUUCUACCAUUUCCUACAGCUGGCCACCUCGCUGUACGUGGUGCAAUGGACGCUGCAUCGAUGGUUGUCUGGGAGUGGACGAUACAUCAAAACUCCCUUUAUCGUUAUUGCUUACGGGAUUGGGAAUCUUCUUCUGAGCGAACUGCUGGAACCCUCGCCGGAAACGUGGAAUCGCAUCCGUGGAACGCAGAUGAUCUUACUGAUGAAGGCACUAUCAUUAGCGUUCGAUACGGAAGAGAAUCAGAACCUGCGAGGUCAGCUGAACGUUCUCUCAUACACCGGAUAUAUCUUGUGCCCAGCAAAUGUCGUCCUCGGACCGUGGAUCUCCUUUAGCGAUUAUUUAAACAUCUGGAAACCAUCGUACGGGAGCGAAACGAAACAUAACCGAUCGUCCGGUGGACGACUUUUGAUACACGUGUUCCGGAUACUAGUCAGUGCGCUUAUGGCAGUUGGAUUCUUACUAACCUCGAACUGUAUGAUCGAUUACCUUUUGUCCCCGGUAGCCAGCUGGAAAUGGAUCCGUGCCUAUGGGCGAGCGCUUUCCUUCCGUACCAGUCAUUAUUUCAUCGCUUACCUGUCCCAGUGUUCCAUGAUUGCUGCCGCUGUCGAUUGGAACCGGGCGGAAGAUGAGCGAUCAAUAAUGUUACCCGUGAGUUCGCUUUACCGUGUAAGCUCUCCGAUGGCUGUGGAGUUCCCUCGCUCGCUGGUACAAGUCGUAACGGCAUGGAACAUUCCGAUGCACCUGUGGCUGAAGCGUUACAUCUUCCGCACGACUAAACGACCCUUUGGAACGGCGGCUGCAAUCGCGCUCACGUACAUCAUUUCCUCGCUGCUGCAUGGAUUACACUACCGACUGUGGCUAACACUGCUGACCAUCGGUUCGUGGACGUUUGUGGAGCAUGAAAUCCGCAAGAAGCUAGCCACGAUCUACUCGGCGUGUAUUCUCGUUGGCAAGUGCCCCAGUACGUGCACCGUACAUCAGCACCGGAGCAAGAGUGUGUUCUGCAUCAUCAUUAACGCGCUGUUCUUCGCACUGAAUGUGUUCAACCUAAUCUACCUUGGAUGCAUUUUCGAAACAACGGAAGGACCCCCGGAAGAAGCUGAUCAUGAUAAAUCGUUGUUCGGUCGUUGGACGGAACUAAAUUAUGCUUCCCAUUGGCUGCUAGUGUUUGCCUAUCUGUUCUAUUUCAUUAUCUGAUAGAUAGU